GCAUCCGCCACUCGCACAUCUCCGCGACGACGGCGCGGCCCGCCCCAGCCCGGCCGCGGUCCCGAGUGUCCUCGACGUCCGCCACGACGUCCUCCCCACCGUCCUCAACGCCCUCCACGACAUGCGCCCCGAGUAUGGCUCAACGUCCAGGACAUCCUCACAGACAGAUGGUCGCCCCAAGAGCGACGUGAUGCGCACAAAGAUCCUUCUCCUCGGCAUGCGCAGGAGCGGCAAGACGUCCAUCCAGGAGGUACUGUUCAAAAAUCUCCCCGCAAAGCAGACGUUCUACCUCGAGCGCACGACCCGACUUACGAAGCAUACCUACGACACAGUGAUACCUCUUGAAAUAUGGGACUGCCCGGGAGAUAUGAAUCUGGACUCGCUGGAUGUCCCGCUGUCCCAGUUCGCUACUCUCAUCUUCGUUAUUGACAUUCAGGAUCUAUACCAACCUUCCAUAACCAAGAUCGUCAAGAUGGUCAUCGCUGCCUACAAGGAGAGCCCUCGCAUCAAUUUGGAGGUCUUCGUGCACAAGGCCGACACGCUAUCCGAAGAGUACAGGAUGGACAACUGGCGAUACACCCAACAGCGCAUCCUGGACGAGCUCGGCGACAUCUCUCCGGAGUACGAGCAGAUGAUACCCAUCAACUUCCAUCUCACGUCCAUACACGACCAUACCCUGCAUGACGCUUUCUCACGCACGCUGCACAAGUCCAUCGAAUCUCUGCCCUAUCUAGAAGACCUGCUCAAUGUAUUCUGUACUAAUUCCCAGUCGUCGAAAGCAUUCUUGUUCGACAUUAACUCACGACUUUAUGUGGCCACAGAUGCGUCGCCCGUCGACGCGCCGACGCACAGUCUCUGUAAUGACUAUCUUCUCAUGCUGAACUCUUUCGGAUCAUUGUAUAAAUCUAUCUCUGCAAGCCCUGCCCGCCACAAACCGCCAACCCCGCCACUCUUCACCACAUCUCCCACCUCCUCUCUCCCAGCAUCUCCCCGUCUCAGUUCGGGCUCUCACAGCACACGUUCCGUCCCCCGCUCCCCCCUCCUCUCCUACCGUGGCGCACCCGCACCUCCCCCCGUACUCGAUCAGCCACCCUCUGCCAACGGCAAGUCCAAGGCACUCUUUUAUCCGAGCGCGUCUACGACUCUCGCGCCGUCGGCGGUGGGCGUGCCCGCGGGCACGACACUCACGUACCACGUCGUGACGAGGCGUUUGGCGCUCCUCGCGCUGAUCCCCACUGCAGUGUGGGAGCAGCGAAGGGGAUUGGUGGAGUACAACGUCGUGUUCUUCAGGGAGGGUGUGCAGGAGAUAUGUGAUGUGGAAGAGGAGGUCAGGGGCGGUGGGUAGAGCGAAUGCCCUGGGACUUGUAGGUACCUCGCCUUUCUGAGUUGCAUCACGUUUCCGGUGAGGCAGUCGGACUGAAGUCAGACGCUUGUUCGGUGGAUGCACGACAGCACGAUGAUAUGAUAACAGGUAACGCUACAUAGCAUAAAAUACAGCACGAAAGCUCGUCAACGCGAAUAAGUUACGUAUCCCUGCGUAUCUAUCCACCUCCUGCGUCAGCCUGUACGACUCGUCGUGUGUACGCCCGAUCCCAUCGAUGUACGGCAAGUCCGACGUAUCGCCCUCCCAGCCAUGCUCGCCAUACGUGCCCUCGUCCGACAGCGGCGUCGGUGGGCCAAAGUCCGGAUUCGCGACGAUGAACCCGCGCCGCCCUCCGCGCUUCGCAUCGAGCGCACUCAGG